AUGGCUAGCUCUAAAAGUAAUGUUAUAGCAUUGUGGAUGGUAGCAAUGUUUCUUACUAUGACCACGAUGGAAGGAAUCAAGGUUGUAGCUGUUUGUAACACAGAUAUAAAGGGAAUCAAUAGCCAAUGUUAUUCUGUAGUUGCUGGAAAUGCACCUUCUCCUCCGAGCAUGCAAUGUUGCAAUCUUAUUCAACAAGCAGACUUGCCUUGUCUAUGCAAAUACAAGUAUUUGCUAUAUACUCUUGGAGUUGAUGUUAAAAAAGCCAUGGAAAUUCCUGGGAAAUGUGGGCAGCAAAAUCCAUGUCACUAA